GUCCAACUUUUAGGAAAAAAAAUAGAGCUAAAUCACGUGUAAACUUCUCCAACAGCGAGAUAUAAUUUUGAUUCUGCAGAAAUCACGUGUAAACUUCUCCAACAGCGCAGGUCAAUCAUAACACGAAGGAAAUUUCUGUGAUAAAAAUAUGAAAGAUCUAUUUUCGAGGAAAGUCAUCCCAAUAAGGAAAAUGAGUUAAAUUGUUAUUAAGAUUCCAGUCUUAGUCGUUGUCAGUAGCGGGAGAGCAGCUAUCAUUUGAUUUGGGUAUUUAUUUGGCGCAUCGGCCAAACUUUAUGAUCGCUACCUAACACCCUCUCACCUGUGUCAUCGAUUCAACGCUCUCACUUUCGACAGUCUCGCCCAAUUCAAAUCUCUCCAGGAGAAAACCCAUUUCCGGCAAUCAAUUUUUCUCCAGGGGAGAGGCGACGGUGAGAGAAGAAGGCAGUCUGCCAAAGAAUGUCGGAAGUUGGCAAAGAGGCAUGGCGGAAGUAUCUGAUUCAGCUCCAAGCCCACCCUCUCCGAACCAAGGCAAUAACUUCCGGGGUAUUGGCUGGAACCAGUAGUUUGAUCGCUCAGAAAAUUUCUGGGUCGAAGAUUCAACUCCGGAAAUUGGUUCUAUUCAUGCUUUAUGGGUUUGGUUAUGCAGGGCCGUUGGCACACUUUCUGCACAAGUUGUUGGAUACUCUUUUCAGGGGGAAGAAAGAUAACAAAACCGUCGCCAAGAAGGUGCUGCUUGAACAACUGAUUGUUUCUCCAUGGAACAACAUGGUUUUUAUGCUCUACUAUGGCCUGGUAAUGGAAGGACAACCAUGGCGUUCAGUGAAGGGUAAAGUCCGGAAGGAUUUACCUUCUGUUCAGUUUGCUGCCUGGAAGUUCUGGCCUAUAGUUAGUUGGGUGAAUCAUCAGUAUAUCCCAUUGCAGUUCCGGGUUGUGUAUGGUAGCUUCAUGGGUGCGCUCUGGGCAAUCUUUCUAAAUCUGAAGGCAAGAUCAGCAACAACUCUUAAGCAGGCAUAGAUAUGCGGUGAGGCAGCACCUAUUAUCUACUUUAACUUUAUGCAUCUGAGCAGUUCUACCUUCAUGUAUUCAACGGAGAAGGAUACUCUAGUUACUCUUAUGAUCUGGGUUGUCGUGGUAAAAGCUCCGAAUCAAACUUUGCUGGUGGAAACUAGAUCUGUGUAAUCAGAGCCACCACGUUUGUGUAUUAGUUUGAUUUUUUUUUUUUUUGUGCGAGAUGAAUGUAGUAGGGAGAGGCGUAUGGUAGGUUUGAUGCACCAUUGAUAGUAAUGUUAGAUGCUUAAUGCUUAUCAGGGAUGCAGUGGAUUUAAAUCAAUAUUACGAAUCUUGUUUUGCAAGAGGGAUCCGUAGGGUUUAAGAACAUUUAAGUUUCUGCUUAAGCACCAAUUGUGAUGAUGAUCCGAUUGAUCGUCCUAACACUUUGUAUGGCAACUGCAACGAGUAAACAGAAGGUUGGAACGCUCUUUACGCGACUAGAAUGGAGUAAACUGGUGAUCCGAAUUGCAAACGAAGAACCUGGCUUUUGACAUCCAGAUCAGCAUAUUGCCUAGUCUCAUGUUCGACCAACUCUUUUUCGGAAACCUUGAUGUCAACAGACCUUGAUGUAUAGCCUGAAUGCUACAUUCGACGAACCAUGCCUACUAACAUUUGAAAUCUCCCUCAAAUAACCUUCUUGACUCCGAAUCGGAGAAGACAUUGCCAUCUAGAACUACAAUCAGCAGUUCCCCUAUCAGCAACCAGGACAUAUUCAGGUGUUUAAGUACCAGCAGAGACUAGAGUAGGUCUGAAAGGUUAUAGAGACAGUUACGAAAACCUUCAAAGAAACCAGACAGUCGGCUCCCUAAAGACAACAAGACCUAGAUUUAGAGUAGCAAGUUACUGUUGUCUGCUGCGCUACGAGGAAACUGUACAUAAUGCGGAGUCUGAACAGAAAUGGUCGGAGUUGGAUAAUUGGGCCUCCAGGGGCCCUUUUAUCUUUUAAGCCUAGGCAGAUAGAAGCCACUGAGCUUUGGAUGGGCCUCUGUCUUCUUUGCAGACUUACAAACAUUUUUUUUUUUGGAACAAAACUUACAAACAGAUAUGGUAAACGUCAUGGACGUUUAGCUUAGUUCGUCAACAUCAUCAUGUUAGAUUAAUGUUAGUAAUUAAAAUUCAAUUUCAAUGUUUCAAAACUAAUCUCUAAGCUAGAUAUAUAUGAUGGAGCUACAUGGUGGAAGUUUAGCUAGUUAGUUUUAUAGGUAGUGGUUCAAGAACCGAUGAGAUUAGGGGUGGCUAUACGGUCCGGUCCGGUUAAAUUGACCCAAAUUGAUCCGGUCCAGUCCGGUCUUUUUGAAAAUAUAAGGACCGAAAAUUGGAUUGGAUACAGUCCGGUCUUGAUCCGGUCCGGUUUUGAUCCGGUCCGGUCCCAAUUCGGUCUUGAUUUUACAUUGAGAUUGUGGGAUUUGAGUGGCCUAAGGCCUUAAAGGGUGAGGAGUUGGUUAAGUUUUGUACUAAGUGCAAAGGUUUGUGACCGUUUAUGCAAAUUACCCUUAAGUUUUGGGUGUUGAGCUCUCUUAUCCGAUCUUUAUCCGGUUUUUUACCUCAAAUCUAAGCCCAAAGAUUGGAUUGGAUUGUUUACUAUCCGGCCCCGGUCCGGUCUCGGUCCGGGUUAUACGGUCCGGUUUCCGAUUUUUAAUCCGGUCCUGGUCCAAAUAGCCACCCCUAGAUGAGAUAGGUUAGGGGUUUCACUAGGGCUGGCUAUUUGGCCCGGACGGUUUGGUUUUACUAGAAACUGGACUAUAUAACCCGGACUUAGACCGGACCGAGACCGGAUAGCAAACAAUUCAAUCUCAUAUUCAGGCUUAGAUUUGAGGUAAAAAACCAUUUGGAACCGGAUAAAGUCCGGAUAAGAGAUCCCAACACCCAAAACUUAACCAACUCCUCACCCUUUGAGGCUUAGGCCACUCAAAUCCCCACAAUUCAAUCUAAAAUCAAAACCAAAUUGGGAC